GCUAGGAAGGAAUCUGUCACUUUCCAACUAAUGACUGCGAAGGAUGAGGCUAUAUUGGAUGAUGGUAAAACAGCUAUAACUACUUCAAACAAAGUGGAGGCAGAAACAACUUUAAACAAAAAGAAAAUUGGAGGAAAGGAAAAAGAAGAAAUGGCUAAGAUUGUGCUCCGUCGUCUUCCUCCAGGGAUGUCAAAAGACGAGCUUUUUGCUCAACUUCAACCUUUUCAAUCAGAACCUUGUGCUUUUUGGUUUUGUCCCGCUGAUAUGGAAAUGAAGCCACACGCAUUCUCGCGUUCUUAUUUAGUUUUUCAUGAGGAAAAAGAUGCUGUACAAUUUUCUGAACGUUUUAAUGGCUAUGUUUUUGUUGAUAAAUUAGGUUAA